CUCGAAGAAAUAUUUCUGGAUCCUUCGCUGGAAAUUGUUGUUUCUCUCCCUAUCCUGUUGAGGAAAAGGGCAGAGAUCUAAACGAACGGCCAACAACGAAUAGCUAUAUUGCUCCCACAUCAGUACAACAUAUAGCUCGUGACUCAAACUCACGCUCAACGAGAGCAGAGGAAAGAUAGAUAUACAAAACAGCGGUCGCAGCAGAAGAAAGCAGAUUUCGAUUCAAUGCCACCAAAAAAUUUAAACAGAGUUGCGAAGCGAGCUGCAGCAACUUCGAAAACUAGAUCAAUACGAAGCUCAAGCUCAAAUUCAAAGACAACCGCACCAGCCCAAGCAGUCCUCGAAGCAGGAGCUGCAAAAAUGGCCCCCAAGACAACCACAACCGCCACCUCUUCCAACGACGCCGCACCCCCACCCGGUCCAGUCUACUUUUGGCGUCCACACGACCACAACGGCUAUCUAGGCCAAUGGUACUCGUCCGAGUUCACACAUGAAGGAUGCACCUAUGCAACCGCUGAGAUGUGGAUGAUGGUUGGCAAAGCGCGGUUAUUCGGCGACGAGGAGGUCGCGAGUAUGAUGCUGGCAACGACGGAUCCGAAGACGCAUAAGAAGCUUGGGCGUGAGGUAAGGGGGUUUGAUGAGAAGGUUUGGAACUUGAAUCGCCUCCGUAUUGUGGAAGAAGGCAAUUAUCUCAAGUUCACUAUCAGUGCUGAGGCAGAUGCGUUGAGGAAAAUGCUGCUUGAGACUGGGGAUAGGGAGUUGGUGGAAGCGAGUCCGAUGGAUAGGAUUUGGGGUGUAGGGCUUGGUGAGAAGAAUGCUGGGAAGAAUAGGCAUAGGUGGGGUUUAAACUUGUUGGGAAAGGCGUUGAUGAAUGUGAGGGGGAGGUUGAGGGAGGAGGAGGGGGUUAAGGAAGGG